GCAGCCCUAGACAGACUCCUCUGGCCGAACCCCGUAGCCGUCUCCCUCUCGAGCUCACUGAUCUCUCUCCCCACCGCUGCACCUCUCUCUGUCUACUGCACAUGUUCUCUCACCUUUUCGGCUCCGUCUGCAACACACCUUCACCAUAAACAACAGUUCUUUGUCCACUGCACAACUCAGCACCCUAAACGCCUCGAGAAACCUUCGUUGAAGCUUCACCUUGCGGCCAAAGCUAAUCUCGGCAUAUUAUUUGUCUGCCGUCAUUAUCAUACACUUGGGCCAACGUCUCGCCACUCCCCUCGCGAGUCGAUGCUCGCCGAGCCGAUUGCUGUUUAAUUUCAAAUUCAGUCACCAAGUUUUGUUCGAGGCAUCGGGUUUCAAAAUGAAGUUGUCCGCAAAGAAAUCAAAAAAGGCAAGAGUCAGCAGUCUUGACUCAGAAGACUUGAGUGACUUGGAAAGUGAGAAACUAACGAUGAAUGAAGAGGAUGACGAUGAUUCUCAUUAUCAUGAUGACGGAAAAGAGGAUGAUGAGGAUGAAGACAACGGGGAUAUCAGCGAUGAUAAUGAUGAUGGUGAAGAUAAUGAAGAGGAGGAAGAAGGAGAAGAUAGCAGAUCAAAUGAGGAGGAAGAGAACGAGGAUGAUGAUUAUGAACACAAUAAUAAACAUAAUCAUGCUGAAAUGGAAGAACUUGAGAAAGAGUAUAUGGAUCUUCGUAAUCAGGAGCAAUGGUCAUGGAUUUCUCAUAUGCAUAGGAGAAUAGCUGCUUUUAGAGACAAAUCAGUUGACAAAUGGCAGAGGAAGACACAGGUUACAACUGGUGCUGCAGCCAUCAAAGGAAAAUUACAUGCUUUUAAUCAGAAUGUUAGCGCACAAGUUGCUGCAUAUAUGAGGGAUCCAAGUAGAAUGAUUAAGCAAAUGCAACAAAGAAGAUCCACUGUUGACAUAUUUGGGACUGUGAUUCCUGAGGGGGGCGCUAAUACUUCAGUAGAGGUAAUUCUAGUUUGCAUUUUCCUUUUAUUCUUUGUUAUUUUCUGGGAUUUCAUUUCAACCAGUAGAUCUGAUCUAUCUCAGCACAAAAAUACAAGAACUUGUCAUGGUCAAAUCUCAAUCCAAUGUUGAGUUAGGUGCAUGUUGAAUGUCUGGAAAGUUUUGGCUCACCUGCUUACCAUUGUAUGCAGAAUAUAAUAUAAUGAUCCAUUUUCUUAAAAUUUUUUUACACAAGGAAAACGAGUUUCCUGGUAAACUGAAUAUGAAGCGGACAAUCCCUAUUUAACAGUUGCCUUUGCACACUAUCACAUUGUGCUAGGCAAUUUUAUUUUUAGAAUGAGCAAAGGGCAAGUGGCAGAUCUGACUGUUGUGGAUAUAUAUAUAUAUAUAGGGAGAGAGAGAGAGAUGAAUUUCUUUUAAGUGGAGAAAAAUACUUGUUUGCUUUCCUGUUCACAUUCCUGACCUAUCGCGUGCAUGUUCCUUUUUGAAUGUGGCUUUUGAAGAGCAAAAGUUGAAAUCCUUUGUGAAACAUAUGCACGGAGUUGAAGUAUUUCAUGAACAGAGCCUAGAAAAAUUAAAAUGUUUUUAAAAUGAAUUCAACUGUUGAUAAAAGUAUAACUGUCUACAGGGUAAAAACUGAAUGGAUAUUUAAUGUUCCUGCAUCAGUACACUUUCAACUGUCAGUUUAUUUGGAGUGCUGAAAAGUGGUGU